CAAGAAGGUGGGGAGAAGGACAGACCAACCAACCAUCCUGAAUACCUUGACUAUAGCUGGAGUGUGCAGUGUAUAAGAGUAGGGUGGCCUAAACUUUUUGUACUUUUAGAAAGAAGGUGGGGAGAAGGACAGACUAACCGACAUUCCUGAAUACCU